AUGGGGCGAAGGACUUGGUGGAGUCGGGAUGGGGUCCGGGUCCGUCCUUGGACUAGGUGGUGUGCGUCUUGGACUGGGCAGGUCAGCCCGUUACGCGGGCAUUGGCAGGAGUGCACCACCCCUGACAAGGGUGAAGGUUUUCGAAUGGGAUUUGCAAGAUGGGUGGGUUAUGGUGGCGGGAAUGAUGGCAGUGCAGAACAGGGUGCGGGGGGUCGGGAUGGAGAGGGUUUACCGAUGGAUGAUGGAGGGGGUCGGGAUGGAGAGGGUCGCCAGGGUGCUGUGCGUAAUGCUGGUGGCAUACUGAGCGCUUCGGGGUUGGAAAGCGGGGGUUUUCCGAUGGAUGAUGGUCUAGACGAUGAGGAGCCAUCUGCAACGACCGGGGGGGGGGAGGGGCUUGGUGCGGCAACCCUAGGGGGGGUGCCAACUGGUGUACCCUUCGACUACGACGCUCAAGUGCAGCGAGCCCACAAAGGGUACACCCCCACCUCAAUCAACACUGGGGUCAACGACGAGCCCGCGGGUGCAAGGCGGCCCCGCAACUGGCAAGAGUCAGCUCUCGACGACGAAAACCUGCAUACAGGGCUGGCACAGGUGUUAGCGCUUCCUUGGCCUGAUACUGGUGCUCAUGGCGAAGCCCUUCAUGCUGAUCGUGACGAACCUGGGUUUGGGGACGAGGAUGAAGGGGGAGCAGAGACCGCCACUGAGGAGGCUGCCGGCGAUGGCGAGGAGGACGGGGGAAUUUAUGUGCAGACCGGUUUCCACCACAACCGGAAAGGUCCAGAUAUCGCAUUGGUGGAAUCCAACUGCUCCAUUGGGCACGACUCUUUGCCGUGA